AUGCUGGCGGUCAUUCGCCUCUUCCACGAGGGCAUGAGGGCGCGCGUCCGAACGAACUACGGGCAGUACUCGGAACGGUUCGACGUGGGCUUAGGCCUCCGACAGGCAUGCAACCUGGCUCCGCUGCUGUUCAACUUGUUCUUUGCCACGGUGCUCAUGGUCGCCGUGGCCGAGUUCGACAAGGACCCCAAGGUGACGGCGGACAUGUUCAAGAUCGGGACACAAGUGGGGUACACGGGCAAGAGAGGAAGGUCGGCGGGGAAGAAGACGACGGUGGUGACGGACGCGGAGGCCAUGUGGGCCAUGCGCUACGCUGACGACGCGGCCAUCGUCUCGCGCUCGCCCACCGCCGGCCAGACGUACAAGCAGACAGAUCUGUUUGUGUACCUCGGACGUACCAUCUCCGCGGACGGGAAGGCCGACGGAGAGAUCACGAGCCGCAGCUGCCGAGUGUGGAAGUGCUACCGCCGGAACAGUGCUUCGAUGUACGACAGGCGACGGGCCACCCGCCAGCUCAAGAUCUGGCUACUCCAGGCUUAAGUGGUGGAGACCCUCCUAUAUGGGUGCGCCUGGUGAGGCCUGACAGCGGAGCACUACACGAAGCUCAAUGGGACCCACCGCCAAUUCCUUACACGGUGCAUCGGCUGGAGCAAGCGGAAACGCUCAGACCGCCCCCUGUCCAAUGUCCAGGCCCUCAUCCAGGCAGGCUGCGAGGAAACAAUCGAGGCCACCGUGCGCAAACGGAGACUGUGUUUCGCGGGCUUUGUUAUGCGCAUGGAGGACAACCGCCUCCCCAAGCGCAUGCUGUUAGGAGCGAUGGCGGGGGGCGUGGGAUACCGGGGCGGGCAGGAGAGCGACUGGGUGUCUCGUCUAGGAGGGGACCUCGUGGCCUUCAACAUGGAAAACGAAAAGGAAGGGGGGAAAUGGAAAGAGAGCGCGAAGGACCCGGAGGUGUGGCACAACAAGGUCGAGGACGGGGUGGCAUGGCUCACGAGGAAAUGGCACAGGCAG